UGCCUGCCUGCCUGCCUUGCCCCAUGGAGCGCUUCGCCACCGCCUGAGGAAGGCCCUCCUUCCUUCUCUCCUGGCUUGCUUGCCUGCUUGCCCCUCUCUCUCUUCCUGCCCAGCGGCAUGGCCUCGCCGGGGGACCUGGAGCCCGCGCCGUCCAGGGUGCCCGCCACCAAAGUGGAGCUCACCGUCUCCUGCAGGAACCUGUUGGACCUCGACACUUUCUCCAAGUCUGAUCCAAUUGUGAUUCUCUACAUCCAAGGAACCGCAGACAAGGAAUGGCGAGAGUUUGGUCGCACAGAAGUGAUUGACAACACACUAAACCCAGACUUUGUCCGGAAGUUUGUCCUCGACUAUUACUUUGAGGAGAAACAGAAUUUGCGCUUUGAUGUUUACAAUGUGGACUCCAAGACCUGCAACCUGCCCAAGCAUAAGGACUUCCUAGGUCAAGUUUAUGUGGCACUGGGUGAAGUCAUCGGCUCCCAAAGAGGUCGCCUGGAGCGGCCACUCGCAGGAGUUCCAGGGAAAAAAUGUGGCAGUAUUUUGUUAUCUGCUGAAGAGCUCAGCAAUUGUCGGGACAUUGUCACCAUGCAGCUGUGUGCCAACAAGCUCGACAAGAAGGAUUUCUUUGGCAAAUCCGACCCCUUCCUUGUUUUCUACCGCAGCAACGAGGAUGGCACGUUCACCAUUUGUCACAAAACAGAGGUGGUGAAAAAUAACCUGAACCCAGUAUGGCAGCCCUUCUCCAUCCCUGUUCGUGCCCUGUGCAAUGGAGACUAUGACAGGUGAGUGUCGAUAUGGACUUGGCUGCAGAGCCACGAUUUCAUUGGAGAGUUUGCCACAAGCUACAGAGAACUCUCUCGUGCUCAGAGCCAGUUCACAGUCUAUGAGGUUUCAAAUCCUAGGAAGAAAUGCAAGAAAAAGAAAUACAUUAACUCGGGCACUGUCACCCUCCUGUCAUUCGCGGUGCAGUCGGAGUAUACCUUCGUGGAUUACAUUCGAGGCGGGACCCAGUUGAAUUUCACAGUUGCCAUUGAUUUCACAGCCUCCAAUGGAAUUCCUUCACAGCCCACCUCCCUCCAUUACAUGAGCCCGUAUCAACUCAGCUCCUAUGCCAUGGCACUGAAGGCUGUGGGCGAAAUCAUCCAGGAUUACGACAGUGACAAACUUUUCCCCGCCUAUGGUUUUGGAGCCAAAGUCCCACCAGAUGGAAAAGUUUCCCACCAAUUCCCUUUGAAUAACAACCCUGACAACCCCAACUGUGAGGGUAUUGAGGGGGUUUUGGAAUCGUAUUUCCAAAGCUUGCGUACUGUGCAGUUAUAUGGACCAACCAACUUUGCGCCUGUCAUCAACCAAGUUGCCCGUUUGGCUGCUGAGAUUACUGAUGGGUCCCAGUAUUAUGUUCUUCUUAUCAUCACAGACGGAGUCAUCUCUGACAUGCUGCAAACGAAGGAAGCAAUUGUCAGCGCCUCCUCUCUGCCUAUGUCCAUCAUCAUCGUAGGGGUAGGCCCUGCAGAGUUUGGAGCCAUGGAAGAGCUGGACGGUGAUGAAGUGCGGGUCUCCUCCAGGGGACGCUAUGCUGAGAGAGACAUUGUGCAGUUUGUGCCAUUCCGGGACUACGUGGAUCAUUCAGGGAAUCACGUGCUAAGUAUGGCCCGCCUGGCGAAGGACGUCUUAGCCGAAAUCCCAGAGCAGCUUCUCUCCUACAUGAAGACCCAGGACAUCAAGCCCCUUUCUGCUAGCCAACAACAGUAGCUCUUUCCUCUGUGCAGCCUGACUCAAACCAGUAUUUCAGCCCCAGCUGGGAAUGGGAUGGACUCUUACCAAUUGAGCAAUACGGGCUGCUCCCACUCCUCUCAUUUGGAACUGGCUAGAUCGGGGCCAGGGAAAAGAAGAGGACAUCUCUAUGGGGCGGCUGGAAGGAGACAACUCCAUGCCCCAUACAGGUUGAGACACCAGCACAAAAGCAUGAACAACCCCCCAGCAGCUCAAAGGAAUGACUCCAUUAGGCAGCUCUGGCCUGGAGCAAGGGCUGGAAGGGAGCAAGGAAGGAAGCUGGCCCUGAAGCAGUCUUUUCCUUGAGACUCAGUCUGCUAAAUAAGGUGCCAUCUAACUCUGUUUAUUGCCUGGUUAUUGAUAAUAAACCAUCCUUGGCCCCAGGA